GCAUAGAAGUGGGGAAUAUAACUGCUCAUGCAGAGACAGCCCUUUUAUACUGGAGUGCAGAGGAGCAGCUGCAAAGACCAGAGUUACUUCUGUGCAGAGCAUCAGUGCUUGGAUCUGCAAAAAUGUCUGACAAACCAGACAUGGCUGAAAUUGAGAAAUUUGAUAAGUCCAAGUUGAAGAAGACAGAGACGCAAGAGAAAAAUCCACUGCCUUCAAAAGAAACAAUUGAACAGGAGAAGCAAGCGGGUGAAUCGUAAUGAAAUCUGCCCUUCCAAAUGAUGCACUGUACAUUCCACAAGCCUUGCCUUCUUAUUUUACUUCUUUUAGCUGUUUUAACUUUGUAAGAUGCAAAGCGGUUGGAUAAAGUUUAAAUGACUGUACUGCCCCUUUCACAUCAAAAGAAUAGAAAGAACUACUGACACUGAAUGAAGGCGCUGCCUUUCCAUCUGCCUGUCUGGCUUUGGUCCUGGUGGCAUGAAAGAGCUUGCAUGUUGAUGAAGAAGAACUUGGGUGGGACUACAGUAAACUAGUAACACACAGAAUAAAUGCAAAGCUGUACCAAGGUCCUGCGAGCUGUAAAAUGCAGUUAAUCGAGUGCCAUUUUUUUUUUUGUUCAAAUGAUUUUAAUUAUUGGAAUGCACAAUUUUUUUAAUAUGCAAAAUAAAAUGUUUUAAAACCUG